GCGCACCCAAAUCCCUCUCCCAUCGCCGCCUCCUCCUUCCCCUCGAAAGAAAAGCAGUUUUUGUCUCCUUUUUCUUUUUCUUUUCUUCUCCCUGCCUCUUGAUUUAUCGCUAUUGUUGUUAAUUUACUGGCGUUGACACGGCUUGGAACAUUGUUCCCUGCCGCUGUCCACCCCCCCGUCCGUCUCUUGUUGGCUCACAACAACAGACUCAACCGCUGCGAACACGGGAUUACCGAACUUCCCACCUAAGCUACUUCCACCAUCGAAACUAUACCUCCGAGAGUACCCUUUUGCUCUUCAUUUAAUUGCUCUUAUUUCUGCCCGUCUUUCCUUCGUAUGGCUUGGCAAUCCCCCUCCGCUAUGUCUGGAGGUGGUGGGUUCGUUGGUCCUGGCGGUGAUGGUUCCAAUGGCGGCCAUCCUCAGGGAACGGAAUAUACCCUGCAAGGUGUGAUGCGCUUCCUUCAGACCGAAUGGCAUCGACAUGAGCGGGAUCGCAAUGCUUGGGAAAUCGAGCGCGCGGAAAUGAAGUCCCGGAUUGGCAAACUGGAGGGCGAUGUCCGGACUAGCAAACGACUACACGAAUCAUUAGGGAAACAUGUCCGCUUGCUAGAGGCUGCGUUGAAAAAGGAGCGUGAGAAGGUUAAGAAGCUCAGUAAUAACGAGACCGUGGAAGACUUCCGGGAUCCUAAGGAGAUUGCUCGGGAGAGCAUUAAUGCCUUGAAAGCUCAACACUCCAAGCCACAGUCCGCCCUGAACGAUACCGAGCAUAAUCUUGAAAACCAACAUGAAUUUCGACAAGAAACCGAGCGCGAUAAAUCCCGAGUAUACCUCUCCAAAUGCUCACAAGAGGUUGCCUAUCAUGUCAUCCCUUCGGCGCACCCUCCGCCAGACCUCAGCGAUCUCGAGCUUUCGAACCACAUGUUUGGAAACCAACAGCUAUCGCAGCAGAGCUUGGAGGAAGCUUACCUCCAGCAGCAGCGUCAAAAGCAACAGCAGCAGCAGCAGCAGCAGCAACAGCAACAGGCAAACAACCUAAUGGCCCGAGAAAUGCCUAUGCAGAAUCAUCAACCCAUUAUUAGACAGUACCCGGAGAACGCGCCCCUAUCUCGGCCCCCAACCCAAUUCAACCUCGCAGCCGCCUCGAGAGACAUUCUUGAGCGACGUCCUUUGGAGCCACAGCCGACCCCCGUUACAGCUAUUGACAGCAGGAAGCAGGGUUUAGACAAUGCUUUGAUGGAUGAACGGAUCGUAGCGGAAAGGCAAGGGUAUGAUAGCUACGGCGUACAGACCUCAACCACGGAGGUGGUGAGGCAACAACCGACCGAGGAGGUGUUGGGUGAUACUGAUGGAUGGAAUUUUGAUGACCCAGCUGAUCAGGUUCCCGCUUCCGACGUGAUCCCUCCCCACCGACCGGAUGUCGAUGCAUUUCCAAAUGCAAACUUCACUCGACAGAAAUCCCCCGCGAGAUCUGGAUCGCUCUCUCACCGAAGAAAGAGCUCUGGCGCUCGCCGAAAGAGUGACGGUGCCAUUGAUCUUGGAGCAGGCCCAGGCCCAGGCCCCAAGCAGGAUCUUGCGUUUAAAGUUCGAUUCGCUUUACGAGGACACUUGGAUGUUGUCCGGUCUGUCAUUUUCACUGGUGGCGGCAGCCCCUCUGAACCCGAAAUAUGCACUUGCAGCGAUGACGGAACAAUCAAGCGGUGGAUUAUUCCAGCCAGCUAUGGUGUCUUUGGUGCUCAUGGUGCAAGCUCGAGUAGCGACUUGGAUAUUACAAGCUACUUCACUCAUAGGGGACACAUCGGGGCUGUGACUGCCUUGGCUGCCUGCUCUCCGUCCCAGAACUUCUCGAAUGGUGGUCGCGUGCUCGGCGAUGGCUGGGUGUUCUCGGGAGGCCAGGAUGCCAGCGUACGUGUGUGGGAACGAGGAAGAGUUGAUCCAAAGGCUACAUUAGAGGGCCAUACAGACGCCGUGUGGGGACUUUGCGUUCUUCCUGGAACUACAGGCUCGAUAUAUGGUGACGCGUCUGGUCACUAUGGCGGACCAGAUCGGGUUAUACUUGCAUCGGGUGCUGCAGAUGGUAAGAUAAUUAUAUGGGCAGUCAGCGCUCCACCUCAGCUUUCAUUGCCCCAAGCAGGGUCUCGACGCGCUGGAGGUAGCCGGCGCGCUAAUUCAAUUUCUUCUGGAUCGAACUUCCCAUCUUCACCACAGCCUAGUAUGGCAACAACAACCCCGUUCCAUUAUACGAUGGUUCGCCAGAUUCUGCGAACGGAAUCGCCGUCACCAACCUGCAUCAGCCCCUUAUCUCUUUCUGGCAUCAACUUUGUUGUAUCCUACGCAGAUGCCUCGAUUCUCGUGUAUGACACAAGGACCGGCGAAGAGAUUGCAGGCAUGGCAAGUCUAGAAACUUACGACGGGACUCCAUCGACCGGUGUCAACUCCGUUGUUGCAACUACUAUUGGGUUUGACGGGUCCGCUGGCCUUGACCCUAGCAGGACGAUGGCGGAAGAGGAGGUCGUUCACGGCGCUACUGGCUCCAGCGGGGUGGAAGGGGUUGUGAUCAGCGGCUACGAAGACAGGUAUAUUCGCUUCUUUGAUGCUAACAGUGGACAAUGUACCUACACCAUGCUAGCGCACCCAUCUGCGAUUGCAUCUCUUUCACUCUCCCCCGAUGGCCGCGAGCUUGUAUCUGCCGGCCACGAUGCCAGUUUGCGGUUCUGGAACCUUGAAAAGCGAAGUUGCACCCAAGAAAUCACGAGUCACCGGCUGAUGCGUGGUGAAGGGGCAUGCUCUGUCGUCUGGAGCCGCGACGGCCGUUGGGUCGUCAGCGGUGGUGGCGAUGGAGUUGUUAAGGUGUUUUCAAGAUAAUGAACGCUUCUGUUGUUGAAUGUAUGAUUUUGUUCUCACCAUUAUUUCCCACUGACACUAUUUUUUUUUUUUUUUUUUUUUU